GCGGCCCUUCCCGUCUGCGCCGGCUCUGGCCUCCAGAGCGCGGCGGCCGGGAAGUGGGAGCCAGAAGAGAGGAGGCGGAGACUGCCGCGGCUCCAGCCGGGCCGCGCUCCGAGGCGAGGGGCUGCAUGGCGCGGCCAGCGCUGCUGGGCGAGCUGUUGGUGCUGCUACUGUGGACCGCCACCGUGGGCCAAGUUGCUGCGGCCACAGAAGUUCAACCACCUGUGAGGAAUUUGAGUGUCUCUGUCGAACAUCUCUGUACAAUAAUUUGGACGUGGAGUCCUCCAGAGGGAGCCAGUCCAAAUUGCAGUCUCAGAUAUUUUAGUCACUUUGAUGACCAACAGGAUAAGAAAAUUGCUCCAGAAACUCAUCGUAUAGAGGAAUUACCCCUAGAUGAGAAAAUCUGUCUGCAAGUGGGGUCCCAGUGUAGUGCCAAUGAAAGUGAGAAGCCUAGCCCUUUGGUGAAAAAGUGCAUCUCACCCCCUAAAGGUGAUCCCGAGUCCGCUGUGACUGAGCUCAAGUGCAUUUGGCACAACCUGAGCUUUAUGAAGUGUUCCUGGCUCCCUGGAAGGAAUACAAGCCCUGACACAAUCUAUACUCUUUAUUACUGGUACAGCAACCUGGAGAAAAGUCUUCAAUGUGAAAACAUCUGUAGAGAAGGUCAACACAUUACUUGUUCCUUUCAAUUGACUAAAGUGGAAUCUAGUUUUGAACAUCACAACAUUCAAAUAAUGGUCAAGGAUAGUGCUGGGAAAAUUAGGCCAUCCUGCAAAAUAGUGUCCUUAACUUCCCAUGUGAAACCUGGUCCUCCACAUAUUAAACAUCUUUUCCUCAAAAAUGGUGCCUUAUUAGUGCAGUGGAAGAAUCCACAGAAUUUUAGAAGCAGAUGCUUAUCUUAUGAAGUAGAAGUCAAUAAUACUCAAACUGACCAACAUAAUGUUUUAGAGGUUGAAGAGGACAAAUGCCAGAAUUCUGAAUCUGAAAGAAACCUUGAGGGUACAAGUUGUUUCAUAUUCCCUGGUGUUCUUGCCGACACGGUCUACACAGUCAGAGUAAGAGUCAAAACAAACAAGUUAUGCUUUGAUGACAACCACCUGUGGAGUGAUUGGAGCGAAGUGCAGAGUAUAGGUAAGGAGAGAAACUCCACCUUCUAUACCGCCAUGUUACUCAUCAUUCCAGUCUUUGUUGCAGUGGCAGUCAUAAUUCUCCUUUUUUACCUGAAAAGGCUUAAGAUCAUUAUAUUUCCUCCAAUUCCUGAUCCUGGCAAGAUUUUUAAAGAAAUGUUUGGAGACCAGAAUGAUGAUACCCUGCACUGGAAGAAGUAUGACAUCUAUGAGAAACAAUCCAAAGAAGAAACGGAUUCUGUAGUGCUGAUAGAAAACCUGAAGAAAGCGGCUCCGUGAUGGGGAGAAGGGAUUUUCUUUUUUGCCUUCAAUGUGACCUUGUGAAGAUUUAUUGCACUCUCCAUUUGUUAUCUGGGGACUUGUUAAAUAGAAACUGAAACUACUCUUGAAAAACAGGCAACUCCUAAGAGCCACAGGUCUUGAUGUGACUCUCUCAUUGAAAAUCCAAACCAAAGGAGCUCUUCAAGAAAAGCAGAAUUCUUCUCAUUCUUGUUCAGUCCUAAAAGCAGAUGUCCUUUGCCAGAUCUCCAAACUAGAGGACAUAGAAAAGGGGACAAUGACCAUCAAUUCAUCUUAUCUGGAAUUGUGAUGGCUUCCUAAGGAAUCUCUGCUUGCUCUGUAUUCUUAGUGUGGAAUAAUAUCAAGAAACUUUUCUUGUGAGGAAAUUCAUUUGGGGUGUGUACACUAAUGCUGUUCCCACAGAACAUCUAGCAAACAAAACUGAUACAAUCUGCUGCCUAUUGUUUGGGGACCCACUGAGUAAUGUUUGUGGCUAUUAAAAUGCACUAUCAUUAUUCACUUCAA